CAUGAUGAAAUAAAUAUACAUAUAUAUAUAUAUAUUUAUACUCUGUACUUGAUUUCCCAGUGGCUCUGUGCUUGGGCAUGUGUAUCACCAUGACCCGCGGUCUCCGGCGCCUCUCCUCUCCCAGACUGUUGUAGAGCACCUGUGUAGUCUGCGGUGGUCACCCUCUGAACACCGACUGGCCAGCGGCUCCACGGAUGGCCAACUGCACAUCUGGGGUUCUGAUGUCACAAUGCUCGCAAAACCAUGUCAACCACUGGUGACGAUGAAACAGCCGACGGCUGUUAAGGCGGUGGGUUGGUGUCCGUGGACGACUGACGUGAUAGCCACUGGAGGUGGGUGGAACGACGGAAAGAUCAGAAUAUGGGACACGAACUCGGGAAGUUGUAUGACUUCUGUUGACACACACUCGCAGAUCUGUGCUCUGCGCUGGGAUGAUGUAAACAAAGGUCUGGUCAGUGGUCAUGGGCGCCCAGACCACCAGGUCAUCUUCUGGGACUGGAAGCCUCCAUCACUGGAACUCAAGUUUCAGCUUUCAGGUCAUUCUGAGAGAGUCCUUCACUUGGCCCUCAGCCCAGAUGGAGACAAGAUUUUUUCUGCAGGAGCGGAUGACUUCUUCAUGGUGUGGAGUCUUUAAUCUGGUCACAACCUGAACAGAAAUCUGCUGAGGAGAGAAUGUGAACAAGGUUUUUGCAGCAAGGUUGAGCAGAGACCAGAACACUCAUCACACUGCAGAUUUUAUCUGAUGGCCCACUUUGAUCAACUGCAAGGAUGGAUCUGCUCCUCACCACACUGAGACAAACUGAACACAAUAUUAACAGACAAAGGUACCAAGCAAAUGCAUUCAGGUAAAAGCAAACAAAUCUAGCAGCAUUAUGAUCUCCAUUGUCAUUGGCAGUCAUUGUUUAUACUCUGCUUCUACUAAUAUGGCUACACUUCACUCUCAUCUAUAAAGCAUUGCAUUGUAGCAUUA